AUGUACAGAUUGCUCACAAGACCUGACAUGAAUUAUCUGGAGCCUGAAUUUUUCCAGUAUUCUGAUACAGAAGGUACUAGAAGCUUCAGAGAAGAAAUUGCCAAAUUUCUAACUGACUAUGCCAGAGCUGCAAAAGCACUGAGUCCAGAACAUAUAACUGUUAUGAAUGGCUGUUGUGCUGUUUUUGCUACUCUGUCAACUGUAUUAUGUGACCCUGAUGAUGGAUAUCUUAUUCCAGCUCCAUACUAUGGUGGUAUAAAUUCAAAAACAUGGCUAUAUGGCGGAAUACAGCCUGUUCAUGUGCCCUUGUUCAGCAAGGUAUCUGAUGGAGGAAGUCACCCUUUCCAGUUAACAGCUGAAAAAUUAGAAAAUGCAUUACAGGGAGCUAAAAAGCAGGGCAUCCGAGUCAGAGCAUUAAUCCUGAUCAACCCCCACAAUCCAUUAGGGGACAUUUACCCAGCACAGUUACUGAAAGAAUGCCUAGAGUUUGCACACAGAUAUGAGUUGCAUGUAAUAAUGGAUGAAAUAUACAUGCUGUCUGUUUAUGAUGAUACCACCUUCACCAGUGUUCUUAGUUUAGAUCGUUUACCAGAUCCAGAAUGGACACAUUUUAUGUGGGGUUUUAGCAAGGAUUUUGGUAUGAGUGGUAUCAGAGUUGGAAUAUUGUACACCAGAAAUCAUGAAAUUCGGAAAGCUGUGAAUCAACUGGCUGUCUUCCACAGCUGUCCUGGACCUGUUCAGCAUGUUCUCAGUCAAUUCCUUAGGGACAGAGAUUGGUUGGAUAAUGUGUUUUUUCCCACCAACAAAAAGCGACUUAAAGAAGCACAGAAUAUUCUUGUGGGUGGGCUUGCAGAUGUUGGAAUACCCGUGCUCAAAAGUUCCGGAGGACUCUAUGUGUGGGCAGACUUCAGAAAAUUCUUAAGAUCACAGACAUUUGAAGCUGAACUUGAAUUAUGGCAGAAGCUCCUUGAUAAGAAGCUCCUGAUUAGUCCUGGAAAAGCUUUUUAUUGUUAUGAACCUGGAUGGUUUAGGCUGGUUUUCUCCGAUUCCGUAGAUAAGAUUUACUUGUUCACAAUCACCACAUCUUCUACUGCAGAUGCUUUAUGCAAUCCAGAAAAAGAUCCUUCUAGCAAACCUUCAAACGCACCAGGAAAAGAUAUCUCACAGCUAAAAAACAUACUCGUUUAUUAA